UUAGUGUGACAACGUCCACUAACUUCAACAUAUCCGAGAAAAAGACGUCCAGGUGGCAUUAUUUGUGAACCCAAUUGUAUUAUCAUAGAGAACUGUAGUUUUUGUUAAACGUAAUCGUCCUCAACCUUUAAGUGACGCUAGUGAUAAACUCAACAACUGCGGUGCGACAAAAGCUUUUGCGUGGGAGAGAAUUUGGUCUCGCCAAAGAAGUACCAAAUUUGUAAUUAUGUUAUAUUGGCGCUUAUACGUCGGCGUAUUGCAGUUUGCAGUUUUUACUGAUCUGUUGUCUACUGCAAUACAUGCGUACAGUGAUGAAACCGAAGAUAGUGUACUGUUUUCACUUGGCCCACGAUCGGUCCGACAGGUUUCACCUGGCUAUGGCAAUAUCAAUAAGAUCGACGUUAAAUGUGACACCUCAGAUGGAAUGCAGGUGACAAUAGAUUUUGCCGACAAUUUUAAUGGAAUAAUUUAUAGUCAAGGCUACUACAACGACCCAAAAUGUCGGUAUGUAACUGCUGGAAGGAAUGAACAACAUUUCACCUUACACGUUCCUUAUGAUGGUUGUGGCAGUAAGCCUUCUUGUGCGGCCUGUGCGUCUUAUGACAACAUUUUGAUCAUACAAAAUGAUGAAAGCGUUCAAAGUGCUUGGGAUACUGGCAGAAAAAUUACUUGUAGUCGAAACAAUGAGCAAGAAAAGACCGUAUUUUUUCAACCCUUUGUCGUUGAUAUGCUGGAGGUAAUAUCCGUGAAUACCGCAGAAGGUCCGGUCGAAUGUUGGAUGGAACUCGGUAUAGGUGUGCCACCAAAACUGACCCCAAUCAGUGGGGCAAUUAAACUUGGCACUGAUAUUUCAUUUACCAUUAAUAUUAAACAUAUGACGAAAAAGUGGGACAUUAAUAUUCUGCAAUGCUACGCCUACGAUGAUGCAGAUUUCAAUGCAAGGUCAACAAACAAGCUUCAAUUAUCUAAUGAAAAUGGUUGUUCAACGAAGAAAAACAUCUUUGGUGAAUGGACUAAAUUGGAAAAACAUACAGAAUCCACCACAGUGUAUUACAACACAUUAAAAGCCUUCAAAUUUCCCGAUCGCUCGCAAGUAUUUUUGAAAUGCGACAUUGAAUUAUGCAGUGAAUAUUGUGAAAAAAAUUUAAUAUGCAUAAACGAGAUUGAAACUCCAGGAAGAACUACAAUCAAAUCUGCGUCGAUCACUCCACAUAAAAAUACGAAACCCACUAGACCAACCACCAUUGGUAACGAAAUAGUGUUUACUCUUCAAACAUCGAAAACACAAUGCUAUCCAGGUUCAGCUGACCCCUUAUGCGUACAAGCCGUGGUAACUACUCCAUCGAGUCACUGUUAUCAAGGUUCCAAAGACCCAGGAUGUGCGGAGAACCAAAUCUCAACAACGAGAGCUCCACAAGCAACUCCAAUUACUCAAAAACCACCAAUAUCUGAAGCACCCAAAUGCUAUCCUGGGUCUUCAGAUCCGAAAUGCAUACCAAGUACUUAUCUCCCUCCUACAACAACACAAAGUUUUCCAAUCACAACAUCCGCUACAGAUUGCUAUGUCGGCUCAAAAGAUCCACGAUGUAGGCAUACAACUAGACCCAAUAAUAAACCAACCACAUUUGGAACUAAAAAACUGAUAACUACUGAAACAUUCAAACCUAGAUGUUACGUAGGUUCAACAGAUCCUGCCUGCUCAACUGUUCCAGUUCCUACACCGCCAAACUUUUGCUAUCCAGGGUCAAAAGAUCCAUCGUGUUCACAAGUUAAAACGACAGUUCCAAACACUUCUCCAACGAUUCGUACAACGCAAAAACCUAAUUGCUAUCCCAGAUCAAAUGAUCCAGAAUGCCUUAACUGCUUCCCAGGUUCAUCUGAUCCAAGAUGUCCUAAAGUUUCAACAACUUCUAAACCUGGUUGUUAUCCAGGUUCAACUGAUCCUAAAUGUCUACCUGCGACAUAUCUUCCUCCAACAACAUCGCCUAGACUGCCACAUAUUACAACUAGGCUUGAUUGCUUCGAAGGUUCUACAAAUCCACGGUGCGCAACUUAUACAAAACCAGCAACUCAGGUGAUCAUUACACCUACAAAGUCACCUUGUUACCCUGGUUCAACUGAACACAAUUGCCAACAAGUUUCGCCAACAACAAUUAAACCUCUCUGUUACCCAGGAUCCACAGAUCCUCAAUGUUAUCAAGGAAUUUCAACCACUUUGAAACCAAAAUUACCACCAAUAUCAGCUGCACCAAAAUGCUAUCCGGGAUCUUCAGAUCCGAAUUGCUUACCAAGUACUUAUCUUCCUCCUACAACAACAUAUAGUUUUCCAAUCACAACAUCCGUUACAGAUUGCUAUGUCGGCUCGAAAGAUCCACGAUGUAGGCAAACUACUAGACCCACUAAACCAACCACAUUUGGAACUAAAAAAGUGAUAACUACUGAAACAUUCAAACCAAAAUGUUACGUAGGUUCUGCAGAUCCUGCCUGCUCAACAGUUACAGUUCCUACAGCGCCAAACCUUUGCUAUCCAGGGUCAAAAGAUCCAUCGUGUACACAGGUUAAAACGACAACUCCAAGAACCCUUCAAACGAUUCGUACAACGCAAAAACCUAGAUGUUACCCCGGCACAAAUGAUCCAGAAUGCCUUAACUGUUUCUUAGGUUCACCUGAUCCAAGAUGUCCUAAAGUUUCAACAACUUCUAAACCUGGUUGUUAUCCAGGUUCAACUGAUCCAAAGUGUCAACCAGCCACAUAUCUUCCUCCAACAACAUCACCUAGACCGCCACCAAUUACAACUCGACUUAAUUGUUUCGAAGGUUCUACAAAUCCUCGGUGCUCAACUUAUAAAAAACCAACAACUCAGCUGAUCAUUACACCUACAAAGUCACCUUGUUACCCUGGUUCAACUGAUCCCAAUUGCCAACAAGUUCCGCCAACAACAAUUAAAAUUCGCUGCUACCCAGGAUCCACAGAUCUACAAUGUACACAAGGAAUUACAACCACGUCGAAACCAAAAUUACCAAGAAUAUCAGCUGCACCAAAAUGCUAUCCGUGGUCUUCAGAUCCGAAAUGCAUACCAAGUACUUAUCUUCCUCCUACAACAACAUAUAGUGUUCCAAUCACAACAGCCGCUACAUAUUGCUAUGUCGGCUCGAAAGAUCCACGAUGUAGGCAAACUACUAAACCCACUAAACCAACCACAUUUGGAACUAAAAAAGUGAUAACUACUGAAACAUUCAAACCAAAAUGUUACGUAGGUUCUACAGAUCCUACCUGCUCAACAGUUCCAGUUCCUUCAGCGCUAAACCUUUGCUAUACAGGGUCAAAAGAUCCAUCGUGUUCACAAGUUAAAACGACUACUCCAAGAACCCCUCAAACGAUUCGUACAACGCAAAAACCUAGAUGUUACCCAGGAUCAAAUGAUCCAGAAUGUCUUAACUGUUUCCCAGGUUCACCUGAUCCAAGAUGUCCUAAAGUUUCAACAACUUCUAAACCUGGUUGUUAUCCAGGAUCAACUGAUCCAAAGUGUCAACCUGCGACAUAUCUUCCUCCAACAACAUCACCUAGACCGCCACCAAUUACAACUCGACUUAAUUGUUUCGAAGGUUCUACAAAUCCUCGGUGCUCAACUUAUAAAAAACCAACAACUCAGGUGAUCAUUACACCUACAAAGUCACCUUGUUACUCUGGUUCAACUGAUCCCAAUUGCCGACAAGUUCUGCCAACAACAAUUGAAACUCGCUGCUACCCAGGAUCCACAGAUCCACAAUGUACACAUGGAAUUACAACCACGUUGAAACCAAAAUUACCACCAAUAUCAGAAACACCAAAAUGCUAUCCAGAGUCUUCAGAUCCGAAAUGCAUACCAAGCACUUAUCUUCCUCCUACAACAACACAAAGUGUUCCAAUCACAACAUCCGUUACAGAUUGCUAUGUCGGCUCGAAAGAUCCACGAUGUAGGCAAACUAUUAGACCCCCUAAACCAACCACAUUUGGAACUAAAAAAGUGAUAACUACUGAAACAUUCAAACCAAAAUGUCACAUAGGUUCUGCAGAUCCUACCUGUUCAACAGUUCCAGUUCCUAUAGCGCCAAACCUUUGCUAUCCUGGGUCAAAAGAUCCAUCGUGUUCACAGGUUAAAACGACAACUUCAAGAACCCCUCAAACGAUUCGUACAACGCAAAAACCUAGAUGUUACCCCGGAUCGAAUGAUCCAGAAUGUCUUAACUGUUUCCCAGGUUCACCUGAUCCAAGAUGUCCUAAAGUUUCAACAACUUCUAAACCUGGUUGUUAUCCAGGAUCAACUGAUCCAAAGUGUCAACCUGCGACAUAUCUUCCUCCAACAACAUCACCUAGAUCGCCGCCCAUUACAACUCGACUUAAUUGCUUCGAAGGUUCUACAGAUCCACGGUGUUCAACUUACACAAAACCAACAACUCAGGUGAUCAUUACACCUACAAAGUCACCUUGUUACCCUGGUUCAACUGAACACAAUUGCCAACAAGUUUCGCCAACAACAAUUAAAACUCUCUGUUACCCAGGAUCCACAGAUCCUCAAUGUUCUCAAGGAAUUACAACCACGUUGAAGCCAAAAUUACCACCAAUAUCAGCAGCACCAAAAUGCUAUCCGGGGUCUUCAGAACCGAAAUGCUUACCAAGUACUUAUCUUCCUCCUACAACAACAUAUAGUGUUCCAAUCACAACAUCCGUUACAGAUUGCUAUGUCGGCUCGAAAGAUCCACGGUGUAGGCAAACUACUAGACCCACUGAACCAAUCACAUUUGGAACUAAAAAGGUGAUAACUACUGAAACAUUCAAACCAAAAUGUUACGUAGGUUCUUCAGAUCCUGCCUGCUCAACAGUUCCAGUUCCUACAGCGCCAAACCUUUGCAAUCCAAGGUCAAAAGAUCCAUCGUGUUCACAGGUUAAAACGACUACUCCAAGAACCCCUCAAACGAUUCGAACAACGCAAAAACCAAGAUGUUACCCCGGAGCAAAUGAUCCAGAAUGUCUUAACUGUUUUCUAGGUUCACCUGAUCCAAGAUGUCCUAAAGUUUCAACAACUUCUAAACCUGGUUGUUAUCCAGGAUCAACUGAUCCAAAGUGUCAACCUGCGACAUAUCUUCCUCCAACAACAUCACCUAGAUCGCCGCCCAUUACAACUCGACUUAAUUGCUUCGAAGGUUCUACAGAUCCACGGUGUUCAACUUACACAAAACCAACAACUCAGGUGAUCAUUACACCUACAAAGUCACCUUGUUACCCUGGUUCAACUGAUCCCAAUUGCCGACAAGUUCUGCCAACAACAAUUGAAACUCGCUGCUACCCAGGAUCCAUAGAUCCACAAUGUGCACAAGGAAUUACAACCCCGUUGAAACCAAAAUUACCACAAAUAUCAGAAACACCGAAAUGCUAUACAGGGUCUUCAGAUCCGAAAUGCAUACCAAGUACUUAUCUUCCUCCUACAACAACACAAAGGGUUCCAAUCACAACAUUCGCUACAGAUUGCUAUGUCGGCUCGCAAGAUCCACGAUGUAGGCAAACUAUUAGACCCACUAAACCAACCACAUUUGGAACUAAAAAAGUGAUAACUACUGAAACAUUCAAACCAAAAUGUUACGUAGGUUCUACAGAUCCUGCCUGCUCAACAGUUCCAGUUCCUACAACGCCAAACCUUUGCUAUCCAGGGUCAAAAGAUCCAUCGUGUUCACAGGUUAAAACGACAACUCCAAGAAGCCCUCAAACGAUUCGUACAACGCAAAAACCUAGAUGUUACCCCGGAUCAAAUGAUCCAGAAUGUCUUAACUGUUUCCUAGGUUCACCUGAUCCAAGAUGUCCUAAAGUUUCAACAACUUCUAAACCUGGUUGUUAUCCAGGUUCAACUGAUCCUAAGUGUCAACCCGCAACAUACCUUCCUCCCACAACUUCAAGUAGACGGACAACUAAGCCAAACACUUUACUGACUAAAACACCAACAAUAACUAGGGAAAGAAUAAGUUCUACUACUGCGAGAUCUUGCUAUCCCGGUUCCAUUAAUCCACAGUGUCCACGAACAGGUUAUGUUGGUACAAGUAGAAUUCCAGCUACAUACUUACCACCACUUAGUGAACCGGGCUAUGAUCGUUCUAUAAGGACGCCGAAAAAAACACUAUUCGAUGAAAUCAACAGAUUGGCUCUAUAUAGCAAUAACGUUUUUGAUGUAAAUGAAGCGGAAGAUAGUGACAGUAAGCGCACUCGUCGAGAUCUUACUGAAUCACUGGCUGAAGUUAGUGAAGCUGCCGAGUUAGACAACGUGGCGUUAAUCAAAUGGUGUGGUAACUAAAAAGAUUACGAAACGUGAAUCUAAUUUGCCACAACGAAAACAACUCAUUAAGCUUACGGUAGGUGUACGAAAAGGAUUCACCGUUGCUUAAGUAGCUACUGCUAGAUCAAUUUAUUAGAAAUAGUAUGUUAUAUUUACUUAGAAAUAACCGCUCCAGGAAGGCAAAUACUCGUACAGGAUUACUGCGUAUUUGAAUAUAUUUAUAUUUUGUUGUUAUAAUGCAUCGCUUUAGUUAAGUCUUAUAGAUAGAUUGUACCGCCUAUGAGCUAUUCAACAACGAAUAUAUACUGUUCAAAUCCUACGAAUACGAUUCUGUUAAAUAAAUUUAUAUUAUGAUUUUUUACUUCAGAGUUAAUAUAUGUAUUGCCGCUCAUAUCUUCAAUAUUUGUUUAGAAAUGUGUGUGUGUAGAUACUAAUGUAGCUUAUAAUAAAUAAUAAAGUAAUCGACACUCGCCGAGACAAAUAUGUAAGUUUUGUAUGUUUUAUUCAUGAACAAAUUACCAGAUCAUUUAGUUUAAAGUAGUUUAGAAGGCAGUGAACUCACCAAAAGAUAUCUUUAAAUUUUGAUUGGAAUUGUUUAGGACAAGAGAGCGGGGCUCGGCAAGAGUAUAGUGUAGCAGUUAAAGUUCUGAAAUUCGGUAUUAUCGAUCACAACCGACCGUCAACAAAAUUGCUGUUGAAGUUUGAACGAAAUUAUAAAAGAACAAAGACAAUGAUGACAGUUAUAACAUCUUCGAUUAUUAGACUUCCUCAAAUAGUUAUAUUUAUAGGUAUAUUGGUAUUAAUUAGUAAUAUAUUAGCAAUUAUACAUAUGUAUAUCUGUAUCUAUAUUAUAUAUCUAAAUUAAGUAACUAUCAUGUAAAUUGGUUUAUGCAUUUUCCGAAAAUUUAGUCCCCGACGUAUUUUUAGAUUGUGCUCUAAAAGUAGCUUAUCUUCACACAAAGUUAUUUCAUCAUGGCCAUCGUCUGGGUAAUUGGUAUGUGCGUCCACAUCGGUUGCAGUUGGAAACAAGUUCAAGUAUGCCGUCAGAAUUCCGUUGUUUCUGCUGUUCAAAGUAGACAUCUCAGUAGACGACAUAAUUCAAAUUUGUUUAUUUGGUUGUAAAGUGCAUUACUGCCUUCGGCUGUAUGUUUAUGAAUCCCUUCCAAUAUAUGAGAAACGAUCGUAUGUGAACGUACGGCUUGCGAGACAAUGUGAUAUCAAAAGACCAAAACUAAAUCUGGUUGAAACAGUUUUAAGAAACUAAUACAAACUUUAAAAGACAUUUCUGUUAAGUCUCUCUCUUAAAUAACGUAUGACUUAACUGCUUAACUCCUUGGGCUGUGCAA